AUGGACGAUGCACCUUGUCAAACCCAGCAAACAGCAGAUGGUUUACCCCAUUUUCCUCUGCCCGAAACCAAUACCCAAAAUGGCAUCCUCAACGGCAGUACAUCCAGUAUAUGUAAAGAAUUUGACCCUCCAGCAGCGGGGAUGGAAUUUGAGUCUUAUGACGAUGCGUAUAAUUACUACAGCUGCUACGCCCGUGAAGCGGGUUUUAGCGUGAGGGUUAAAAAUUCGUGGUUCAAAAGAAAUAGCCGAGAAAAAUAUGGCGCCGUUUUAUGCUGCAGCAGCCAGGGAUUCAAACGGGCCAAAGACGUAAUCCGCCUCCGGAAGGAAACCAGAACCGGCUGCCCUGCCAUGAUGAGGAUGAGAUUAGUCGGCUCCAAAAGGUGGCGAAUUCUCGAAGUCAUUCUCGAUCACAACCAUGUAUUAGGAGCAAAAGUUCACAAACCAGCAAAAACUAAGCUAAUUUCUGAAUCUGACCCAGAAGCACAGCCCGCCAAAUUGUAUCGAGCGCUUGUUAUAGAUGCGGCGAGUGAUGGGACCCUGAGUUUUGAUCAAAGACAGGCCGAUACCACAUCAGGCCCGCCCAACUGUUUGGCCCUGAAAAAAGGUGACAUACAGGCCAUGUACAACUACCUCUGUCGCAUGCAGUUGACUAACCCGAAUUUUUUUUAUUUAAUGGACUUAAACAAUGAAGGGCGUUUACGGAACGUGUUCUGGGCUGAUGCUCGAUCGAGGUCUGCGAAUAUUUACUUUGGCGAUGCGGUUUUUCUCGACAUUACGUGUAUGUCGGGCAAGUACGAAGUUCCACUUGUCGAGUUUGUGGGGACGAAUCACCACUGUGAGUCGGUUCUGCUCGGCUGUGGGCUUCUAGCGGCCGAGACCAUGCAGUCGUAUGUUUGGCUGCUGAAAGCAUGGCUUAAUUGUACAUCCGGAAAUGCUCCACAAACGAUUAUCACGGACAGGUGCAAAGUUCUGCAAACUGCCGUAUCCCAAGUGUUGCCCAAAUCUCACCACAGGUUUUCCCUAUCCCAUGUGGUGAGGAAAGUUCCGGAAAAACUGGGAGGCCUCCGAAACUACGACACCGUGAGGAAGACGUUCCUGAAAGGAGUCUACGAGGCUCUAAAGCCGAUCGAUUUUGAGACCGCGUGGGGGUUCAUGAUCCAACGGUUUGGAAUCGCCAACAAUGAGUGGCUCCAGUCGUUGUACGAGGACCGGGCCCGGUGGGCCCCGGUCUACCUAAAGGACACGUUCUUCAUGGGAAUGGCCACGACCAGACCUGGCGAGUCGCUGAACCCGAUUUUCGACAAGUGCCUGCACAAGCAGACCCCACUGAAGGAAUUUCUCGACAAGUAUGAGCUGGCACUGCAGAGGAAGCACGCGGAAGAAAUGACUGCCGACACGGAGUCGAGAGACUCGAGGCCUGAGCUGAGAACGAGAUGCCCAUUCGAACUCCAGGUGUCGAAAUUAUACACUCGGGCGAUGUUCGAGAGGUUCCAAGUGGAGGUGGAGGAGAUGUACUCGUGCUUCCACACGAUGCAGGUACACGUGGAUGGACCCGUGUCGAUUUUCUUGGUGAAGGAAAGGGUGGCACUGCAGGAAGGGAACAGGAGAGAGGUUAGAGAGUUUGAGGUUCUCCACAACCGGGCCGCGGGCGAGGUCCGCUGCAUCUGCAGUUGUUUCAACUUCUACGGGUAUUUAUGCCGGCACGCGUUGUGCGUGCUAAACUUUAACGGGGUUGAGGAGAUUCCCGCAAAGUAUAUUCUGUCGAGGUGGAAAAAGGAUUACAAACAGUUGUAUGUUUCGGAUCGCGGGUCGGGCGGCGAUUGUGAUAGUCAGGGUCGGGCCGAGUGGAUGGGCCAGUUGUACCGAAGCGCGCUGCAGGUUGUGGAGGAAGGGGUGAUCUCGUUGGAUCAUUAUAAGGUGGCAUUGAGAGCGUUAGAGGAGUCUUUGGAAAGGGUUCAUGGAGUCUAG